CGCUGCUCUGAGAAUUUUACUGUGAGCCGCCCUGACAGACUCUUCCUGCAACUGGAGAUAUGAUCAUCUUAAUGUCCUUAUUCGUCUUGCUGUGGGGAGAGACUCAAGGAUGGGGAUUCAAGAAUGGAAUCUUUCAUAACUCCAUAUGGCUUGAACAAGCAGCGGGUGUGUACCACAGAGAAGCUCGGUCUGGCAAAUACAUGCUCACGUACAUAGAGGCUAAGGCAGUGUGUGAAUUCGAAGGAGGCCGUCUCGCCACCUACAAGCAACUAGAGGCAGCCAGAAAAAUUGGAUUCCAUGUCUGUGCUGCUGGAUGGAUGGCCAAGGGCAGAGUUGGAUAUCCCAUUGUGAAACCCGGGCCCAACUGUGGAUUUGGAAAAAUUGGUAUAAUUGACUACGGAAUCCGGCUCAAUAGGAGUGAAAGAUGGGAUGCCUAUUGCUACAACCCACAUGCAAAAGAAUGUGGUGGUGUGUUUACAGAGCCCAAGCACAUUUUUAAGUCUCCAGGCUUCCCACACGAGUAUGAGGACAACCAGAUCUGCUACUGGCACAUUAGGCUCAGGUACGGCCAGCGGAUCCGCCUGAGCUUUUUGGAUUUUGACCUGGAAGAUGAUCCGGGCUGCCUGGCUGACUAUGUUGAAAUAUAUGACAGUUAUGAUGAUGUGCAUGGCUUUGUGGGAAGAUUUUGUGGUGAUGAGCUUCCGGAAGACAUCAUUAGCACAGGAAAUGUCAUGACCUUGAAGUUCCUGAGUGACGCUUCCAUCACAGCAGGAGGUUUCCAAAUCAAGUAUGUGGCAGUGGAUCCUAUAUCCAAAUCCAGUCAAGGAAAAAAUACAAGUACUACUUCUACUGGAAGCAAAAACUUUUUAGCUGGAAGGUUCAGCCAUUUAUAAAACAAAACAAAGGUGUUCAAAAUGUGCCACACUUGUGUAUAUUUGUACCCUUGAAAGCCUCUUUGAUCCUUUUAUUAUUAUUAUUAACAUUUAUUUAUUAUUUUUAUGAAUGUGAAAGCAAUACCUAAUUUUGGGAAAAACUGAAAGAUGAAGGAAUCUUCAAGUACCAAAAAAAAAAAAAAAAAACCUCAUUACCCUACUACACAGAAGUAACUAGUGUUAAAACUUUUUUAAAAGGCUGGAAGCCAGGCAUGGUAGCACAUGCCUUCAU